AUUUUGCUCCCAUUGUUCACUCACCUCACCAUCAUGGCAUCAUUGUCAUCCCUCCUAAAAUCCCUCUCUUUCCUUUCCCUCUCAGACCAAAAUCCAUCCCUUUCCCUUAAACCCCACCAAAAGGUCCAAAACCCCUGCUCUCCACAACUCCCUUUUUCUUCAUCCUCGUCUUUCCCUCCCCAAUUUCUUCUUUCCACUGCAAACCCAUCACCCGACCAGCAAUCCCCUUUGAACCCACUUCCCAAAACUCCCAUUAAUCCCCAAUUUUACCCUGCUGCUGAUUAUUCUCCUUCUCCCUCUUUUGAGUCCCUGAUCAUAUGCCCGUCACUUGCCUAUGCAAAUGUAUACUUCUUCAAAGAUAACUUCCGCAUUGUCUGCGGCGAAAAUGAAUCUGAGCAUCAGAUUGCUGACCGCUUCAUGAGAGCUACGGCGAGGUCUGGCGUCUUUUAUGAAAUGAAGCGCAGGAGAUUCUUCCAAACCCCUAGGGAGGAGAAGAAAAUGAAGUCUCAGCUCGCUGCCAAACGUCUGAAAAGGUCAAAGAUGAGGGCUGCCAGGUUCCGAGAAGCUGAGCCAAAGAAACCAAGAAUCUUGAUGGACCCAAUUGAAGAGAAGAAGAGGAAUGCUCGAAUUGCUGCCAAACGACGCUCCUCCAAAAAAUUUCUUUGGGGAGAGGGAUUGAGUUAAUGGAAUGGGAAACCAAUGGGAAGCUAAAAGGGAAGGGCGAGAAUUAUUAGCAGCAAUUAUUUGUGUUUGGAAUACAGGGAGAAAAGAAAAGAAAGGAAUUAGGUCGAAAUUUCCUGUUCUAAGAGAGUGUUCUAAAUACUCAAAAUGUUCUGUAGAGACCUUGAAAGAGGGCCCAUCAAGCUCAUGGAGAAGUUUCUAUUUUCCUGAAACAUUUUGAUAUACUAACAAAUGAAUCAGCCGAAGGAUGUUUUAGUUUCCAGAAAAUUGAUCAGAACCAUCAUAUGAUGUUUGAUUUCUUUUCUUUCUCUUCUUGCUUGAAUAUCUGGACCCUCAAAUUUUGUCUAUUUAGUUAUGUGUUUAAGGGGAAUGUGCAUAAACUGACUAUGAUUAUUAUCUGAUGAUGUUUCAAAAAUAUAUGAAAACCUCUUUUGACUGGAACUGUUGGCAUCUGUUUAUGAAUUACCGAAAAGAAAAAAAACUGCUUUAACGAGGUAAGGAUUAUACAUGGCCGGUUACAGUUCCUUGACGAAAGAUUAGUAUAGCAUAAACUAGGCCGUGGAUAUAAAACAGCUUUAUAGUUGAUAUGUUGAGUUAAGCUCGAUCUACCAUGCAUUCAGCACAUGGAAUUGUUACUUUAUCUGUACUACCAGGAACUUAUAGGCGUUGUAUAUACCCAACCUUUAUUUGUGUGGGUGCAUCUUGUUAUGGAAUGAGGAG